UGUGCUUCCACUGGGAGCAAUGGAGGCUGUCGUCUGGGGACAAUUCAUGAAUGUCACAGGUGUGUUCACCUUGACCCGAGUGUGUGUGCCCACUGGCCGGAGGAUGUAAGUGGACUAACCUGCGAUAAACAGACGUAAAGAAACGGGGAUCGUGAUUGGAGGUCGUGACAAGAUAGAAGAUACUCCCCUUAUGUGAGUCUGAGUGUCCAGUGUGUGUCAGCCAGCAGCAAAAGCAGCAGCUUUGACUCAGUAGUUACACUCUCAGCGACUCUCCCUAUGGUUGAGGGGCUCUCUCUGACGUCGUGAUCAGCCCUAGAGGCUGUGCUUCCAACAGCCUUCCCUCUCCCCCCCACCCCACCCCACAUCCACUGUCAUCAUGGGGGACGUAGUCCUCAUGCACUUCACCACAGCGGACUAUGUCAUCUUUGCCUUGCUGUUGGUGGCCUCAACCGGCAUCGGCCUCUUCUACGCCUUCUCCGGUGGGCGCCAGCGCACAACACAGGAGUUCCUGAUGGCUGAUCGCUCCAUGAGCUGCCUGCCUGUUUCUCUGUCCCUGCUGGCCACCUUCCAGUCGGCCGUGGCCAUCCUGGGCGCUCCGUCUGAGGUGUACACCUUUGGGACCCAGUACUGGUUCCUGGGCUGCUCCUACUUCUUGGGCCUGCUCAUCCCGGCUCACGUUUUCAUACCAGUCCUCUACAGACUGAGGCUGUCCAGCGCCUACGAGUAUCUGGAGCUGCGCUUCAACAAGACGGUUCGCAUAUUGGGGACAGUGACCUUCAUCUUUCAGAUGGUCAUUUACAUGGGGGUGGUCCUGUACGCCCCGGCCCUGGCACUCAAUGCAGUGACAGGUUUUGACCUAUGGGGGGCGGUGCUAGCCAUGGGGUUGGUGUGCACUCUAUAUACUGCUCUGGGGGGUCUGAAGGCGGUAAUCUGGACCGAUGUGUUCCAGACAGUGGUGAUGUUUGCGGGCCAGCUGGCGGUCAUUGUGGUGGGGGCCAGUCAGGCAGGGGGCAUGGCAGAGGUGUGGAGGAAAGCAGUUAAUGGCAGCCGCAUUUCUGGACUAGAUCUGAACCCCGACCCUCUGGAGCGCCACACCUUCUGGACGCUGGGUGUGGGAGGAGUCUUCCUGAUGUUAGCUUUGUACGGGGUCAACCAGGCCCAGGUCCAGAGAUACCUCAGUUCUCGUACGGAGAGAGAGGCCGUCAUGUCCUGCUACGUGGUUUUCCCGUGCCAGCAGAUUGUCUUGUGUUUAGGUUGCCUGAUGGGUCUGGUCAUGUUUGCUCGUUAUGGAGAGGACAGCCCUCUGGACAAGGGCUACGUCAAAACUAAUGACCAGAUGGUGCUGUACUUUGUGAUGGAUGUAUUCAAGGACCUGCCUGGGCUCGCUGGACUGUUUGUGGCCUGUCUCUUCAGUGGAGCUCUCAGCACCAUCUCAUCAGCCUUUAACUCCCUAGCAACAGUAACCAUGGAGGACCUGAUUAAACCUUAUUUUCCAAACAUGACCGAGGCUAGAGCUACGCUGCUUUCCAAGGGACUUGCUUUGGUCUACGGCCUGGUGUGUCUGGCUAUGGCCUACCUCGCCUCUAUAAUGGGAUCUGUGCUGCAGGCAGCCUUCAGCAUCUUUGGGAUGGUGGGUGGUCCUCUGCUGGGCGUCUUCUGUCUGGGAAUGUUCUUUCCUUGGGCAAACUCUACUGGUGCAGUUGUCGGGCUAGUAGCAGGACUCGCCAUGGCAUUCUGGAUCGGCAUUGGCAACUUUGUGAUGCGUAUGUCCAAUUCCAUCCCAGUGCCACCGCUCAACACCACCGCCCUGCCCCUGUUUGACAACAUGACCGCCACCGUCCUUACUACACUGGUCAACGCAACCACAGCCAAGCCAAGGCCAUCGGGUGUGCAGGCGCUCUACUCGUUGUCCUACAUGUGGUACAGCGCUCACAACUCCACCACUGUGGUGGUGGUGGGACUGAUAGUCAGCCUGCUAACAGGACCCAUGAAGGAGAAGGAUCUGACCCCCGGCACAGUGUUCCCAGUCCUGGGCACGCUGCUCUUCUUCCUGCCCGAGCGCUACAGGGAGAAGCUCUGCUGUGUCACUCCUCUGUCCAACCCUCAGAAGUCCAAAGAAAUCGACACGCAGCCUUAUCAGAUGGCCAAGAAAGACAGCAACGGAGCAGCUCUCUGCAAAGAGGACACGGUCACCGAGGACAAAGAGAUGGAGAGCGACCGAGCGCCGACGGAAGACGAGGACUUGGAGACGAGGACGGCUCUGCCAUCGUGCCAACUGACGGGUCACACGGUUGAGGAGACGGCCUUUUGAUUCUUUCUCCUCCUACUUGUAACACCUAAACACCUCCCAGUUCCUUAGGGGUGGUGGAGCACAACACAGAUCAUAGAUGUGAAGUCCAUCAGCGGGUGUUUUUUUUAAAAUGUCAUAAUCAGUUGAAUCUGAUUAUGGAGAAGGCUUAUGGACUAAAGCAUUUAGGUGAGGGGUAAGGGUGUUUUAUUGGAACCUGCUCCUGCUUUAUUUUCUCAAACCAACUAUUGGAAAUCAACUUUUUCCAGGCAGGAUCUGUGCACUGAAAGCCCAAAUGGCAGCAGGCAAAGAAGAAACGAGUCAGUCUAUCUCCAUUGGCGACACUCGGAGGCACGCACAAGCUCACGUCUGUCCAGAUGUGUGCGGUUCAAAGGUAACGAGAGUGAGCUCUCACGCACAAUGAGCGGCACUGCUGCGACUGGAUCCAGACAUCUCUGUUUGACAAAAAAGAAUCAGGUAGUCAUUAAAAGUAAAUGUAAAUGUGCUAUUUUUGUAGAAAAGACGGAGCCAUAAAAUCCCAGAGUAUGUUUUAAGAGAAUAUAAUAUUAAAAAAGAACUUGAACAGAAGGCAUGGCAGCUGUGAUGGCUCAAUAGUAAUAGUCGCCUUCUAGCUGCUACUGUAGGUGUCUAAAUAAGAAGGCAAAGGUGUG